UCAAAUUUGUAUUUACAUUUUGUAAAGGGGAAAGGUUAUAAAUUAUUUUAUGUAGGCCUACCUAUUAUAUAAUUUUCUACUUCCCGUUCUACGCACCUUUGAGGAAUUGAGUGACAAUUAUUCUUAACCGGGCGUCAAUCAAUUUUAAGGUCAACUGAUUUUGUACUUUUAUAUAAUAGCGUUGACUAUUGGAUACUAGCCUAAGUUAGGUCUAGUAGCAAUAUAUUUUAAUUCACAGAACAUAGGCCUAACUUACUGGUACGUCCCCCCCAUAGAAACCAUUGUCUGUAUGAUUUGCAAUCGAAUUGUCAAAUAAUAUAAGGAUAUCUAUAUUAGUUAAACAUAUAGGCCCUAACAUUUUGCUAUCAUUAUGAACACCACUUUGUAUUAAUUACAAGGCCUUUAACUUAAAAGUUAGACCUAGGCCUAACUUAAAAAUUACAAGUGUUUGAAACAUCUACAAAUUUAAAUAAUGAACCUGAAAGGAAUUCUUCGAUAUGGAAGCGUUGGUUGUGCGGGAUAUUUGUUAGGACUCUACAUUGAGAGGAAUAGUUUAAUAUCCAACGAUGGCAUGAAAAAGUACCCUGGACUACCACUUUAUGGAUCAGUAUCUGCGGCCACUCCUAUAAAUCCAGAUUCCAAAUCUUUACCUGUAUCUGUGGAGGAAAAAUCAUCAUCUUUGAAAAGCAGAGUGGGAGAAAUAAUGAAGUAUGGUUUUCCCAGUUUGGAUAAUGUACGCUCUUUGGACGAUUAUGUAUUAGCUUAUGAUAGACGUAACAGAGUUGCUGCAUGGGUCUUUGAACAUUUAACAGCUGAAUCAGUAAAGAAAAAUGAUCAAGUGGAUCGUUCCAAGUGUGAGUUCACAGAAGAUAAAUCAAUACAUGAAUAUUUCAGAUCGAGGAACUCAGAUUACAAAGGCAGUGGGUUUGACAGAGGCCAUCUCGCUGCGGCUGGUAAUCACCGUGUAUGUCAGAGACAUGUGGAACAGACCUUCCUACUGUCCAAUAUGGCUCCUCAGGUAGGGGUCGGCUUCAACAGGGACUCUUGGAACAAAUUGGAACAGCAUGUGAGGAGACUUACAAGAAUAUACCCCAAUGUUUAUGUGUGCACUGGACCACUCUACUUACCAAAAACUGAAUCAGAUGGUAAACUGUACAUCAGAUACCAAGUAAUAGGCACUUCUCAUGUAGCUGUUCCUACCCAUUUCUUCAAAAUUGUUGUAAUGGAGCUACAUGACAAAAAAUUGCACAUGGAGGCCUACGUUAUGCCUAAUCAAAAAAUAGCUGACAACACUCCCUUGAAUGUUUUCAUGGUACCCCCAGAAAGCAUUGAGCGAGCCUCAGGAUUACUUUUCUUCGACAGAAUGUCAAGGAGCAAUUUGGUCCAGAUAAAUGGAAUGAAAACCACUUAUGUUUAGUACUCAUAGUACAGCAUUUUAAGUAAAGAUUUAAAUCAGGGUAAUUUACUUAUUAAAUCUUGGACAACAAAAUUGUUGUGUAAAUUUUAUGAGGAAGUAAAUAGUCAGUGACUUAUAAAAUUAUUAAAAAAAAAUACUUUUCCUACAGUUACCUAACAAUGUAGAUGUUCUCUCACUGAUUUGAGAAAGCAAAGUGGCCAAUUCGCUCAUCAGUGAGACAAUGUUAACAUUGUCUCACUCUAAUUACUUUGUCUCACUCCAGAUUUGCAACGUGAAGGCACGAAAUAGUGAGCGCGUAACAUGCAGGCAACGUCGUAUGCGCGCGAAUCACGUUGGCAGCACUGGCUGUAAAUCAGCUGGUCAGCUGUUGUACUGUUGUAUUUGUCACUUCACAUUAAAUGUUAUAUUAAAAGUUCACUUCUGUGUAAAAAUAGGUUAUGUUUCUUCACCAAUUUAUUUGUUUUAUGGUAACUGUAGGAAAAGUAUAAUGUGCAACUCGAGUUCAAAGUACAAUUGCCUCACUCGAGAAACCAUUCCUCACGAGCCGUAAGGAUUUCUCUCGAGUGAGUCAAUUGCUCACUUUUCUCACUAGUUGCACAAAUAACUAUUUCCUACAAACGGUUUAAGAAGUUGAAUCACUAUGAUUAAAUGCAUUAUUUAUUGAAAAAUAAUUCUAUUAUCUAUGUUAGAAAUAUUGCAAAUGCUCCCAGUAAUGUUAAAUACUGAAUUCAGAUACUAGCUUUCAUAAUAAAAUGAAAAGAUUUAGUGAUCAGACUACUCUGUUAAUUAUUUAAUAUUGACAUUUUUCAAAACCAUAUUUCGGUUUAAUCUGGAUUAGCUGGAAUAUAUUUUUAUCUUAACUGACAUUGUUUUCUCAUUUUCAAUCUAGUCAAUUUGUUAUGUAG